CUUCCAGAGCAUCAAGGACGCACGUCCCCCGCAGCCCUGCAGAAUGCUGGCAAGUUGUUGCACGUCCCCUACCUAAAGUUUUGGCUGCUUUGCACUGCGAGGGUGCUCGACGUGGGGGACACGGCUGCAUACAUCGUUGCGGGCGUCCUCAUUUCUAUCCUGCUCAUGGGCGUCGCAGUCAACUUGUGGUCCACAUGCAUGUGGCAAACGGACGAGGGGCCCGCAUCUCCUCGGACGAAUGGAACAAACGGACAAAGGGACACCCAGUUCAACUGCCGCUGCGGAUUCGACCUCUGGUUCCAGCUCUUCGUGGUGCUGUCAUUUCUGGACUUCGUGUCCGACGUGUUGUACAUGCUCACGGAAGACUUCCACAGCAAGACGCUCCACGCCGUGGGCCUCCUGCUGCUGGCGACGCCUUACUUGGGAUACGGGUGGAUCAUCAGCCGGAUGCUGAGCCCCACCACCGGCAACGCGACGUUCGAAUUCGGCCUGUUUGCCAGCAUCGACUGCAUUGGGGACUCCGUGCGCGAGUUCUGGAGAAUCAUGACCUGCUCUUCGGGACAGACCGGCGCGGGCUCGAAGCCGCCAAAAUACGAUCCGAUCCACCAGUUUGCGAUCUUCCUGUUCGUGGGGGUCCCUUGCGCGGCGAUGUUCUAUAUCUAUUCCUGGCUGUGGUUCGCGGUUGUGGUCAUCAUCGGCUUCCUGUUCUUUCAGUGCCGGGUGCUGGCCCUCUCCCGGGCAACAAGGUUCAUUCGAGUCAUGGCGGAGGACGAGAUGAGGCCCGCGGAGUCCAACGGCAUCAACGGCAAGACGUUCAACGUCAUCUUCUUGUCCGAGUUCUUCCUGGAAGCGAUUCCUCAGCUGGCCCUGCAGGUAGCGAACAACGUGCUCAUCGGCGGAAGCUGGUCGGCCAUCGCCGUCCUGUCUGUGGCGCUCGCGGCCUUCAUGAUCUAUUCCUGCGCAUACAAAAUAUGGGGGAACGUCUUCAGGGAGCGUAAAGCCUGGCUGGAAAUAGAGCACGGCUACGGUAGGCUGGUGGACGACUCCAAUGUGCCCAGGGUCUGA